GUAAUUGCACAUUCCUUAACUGAAAUUUUUAAUGUAAGAUUUCAUUGUAAUAGGAAGUGAAAAGCAAAACUGUUUGUUAAACUUAGUUUAGAUAUAUUACCUGAUCAAGUUAGAUUUUAAAGUGUAUCCAUAUGGACAAUUUGUAAGCCAGAGCGAUGACGUAUUGAAGAAUUAAUCGCAUUUUCUCGGACCUUUCCGUCAAUGUCAAGGGAAGGACCUCGAAACAAUAGCACAAAUGGCAACUGGUUCAUCAAAGGCAACUUAUGUGAAGCAACGGUUAAUUGUUACUGCAAUUGAUAUAGGGACAACAUUCAGCGGCUGGGCAUAUUCUACACUAAAUGAACCUGAGAAGGUUUAUGCAAAUCAGGCAUGGUUUGCUGGCGAUGGAUCCCUUGCGUCUCUAAAGACGUCAUCUUGUCUUCUCUUUUCACCGGAAAAAGAGUUCAAAUACUUUGGUUAUGAAGCAGAAACAGAGUUUGUACGCCUAGUUGGAGACAGUGAGCAGCAUGGCUGGUAUUAUUUCCGAAGAUUCAAAAUGGCAUUGUUUCACGACCAGAAAUUGAAUCGAUAUACUACAAUCGAGGACAUAUCAGGAAGAAAAAUGCCAGCACUAGUGGUCUUUGCUAAUGCUAUAAAGUUUCUUAAGGACAACUUUACGGCAACAAUUCGGAAUAGGGUACCUAGUUUUAAGAACACUGAUGUGACUUAUGUUCUAACUGUUCCUGCUAUUUGGAAUGAUAUGGCGAAAAGAUUUAUGCGAGAAGCAGCAGUUGAGGCUGGGAUUCCAAAUAAUCAGCUGGUAAUUGCACUCGAGCCUGAGGCAGCGUCAGUCUGGUGUCAGGGAUUAAAAACAGAAAUUCAACAAUGCGACGAAAGGAAGGCCUUUGGAAUUUCAGCUGUUGGCACACGCUAUAUGAUUGUUGAUUUAGGAG